AUGACUUGUUGCUGUGCUUCUGCUGAUAAUAAGGUUAGACCAUUGAAGGCUAGUGAAGAAUCCUUGGAUGAUGGGCCAAUAGAAAAUAGACAAUGUCGGGAUGUGAUCUUUCUCCUCAUCUUCAUAGCAUUUAUAUGUGGAAUGGCUGGUGUGGCAUACAUGGGGAUAAUCCGAGGAGAUCCCUAUCGACUUAUCUAUGGUGUGGACAGCUGGGGUAACACUUGUAAUCGGAACAAUGACCCAAUUACAGGUGCCAUUUAUUCAGGAAAGGAUAUGACAGGCAUGAAGAAAACAUUUUACUUCGACCAAAUGUAUUUUGCAAGAUACAUUCCAAAUGGUCCCCUCAUGCAAAAGAAGAAAUUCUUAAUGACUUGUGUGAAUAACUGCCCUGGUCAACUCCUUGACCAAGAGUCCAACUUCAAUAACUACUAUAACAUGACUGGAAACAAUCUUUGUCGCCACGAUGUCAUUCCCUAUGAAGAUCUGCGUGAGAAAUGUCCACCAUUACCUAUAAUGCCACAUGUCAGUCUUUUCCAUCGCUGUAUACCAAAGACUAUCGCUGACACGGCAGCUACGUUGGCCAAAUCCUUUACCAACAUCUUAGGCAGUGUCAGUCUGGGAGACGGCAUUCCCCAGAAAAUCCUGUCUGAUUUGAAUACAGCAUGGAGAGAAAUCCUUUAUCUGUGUGGGAUAGCAUUUGCCACAUCCCUGCUGAUUGUCCUGAUGAUGUGGCUCUUAGCUGCUAUAAUUAUCUGGGUCAUGAUUAUUGCUGUAUGUGCCUUCACUCUUGGUCUCACCGCCUACUCUUGGUAAAAAAAUUGUUUUUACAGGUAUUCUUACUACGGGUUGUAUAAAGAUUAUAAUGCACUGACAGCAGAAGAGCAGACAAAGGAAGCUUCACAGAAAGUACAAACCUGGCUGAUAUACUCCGGCAUAGCCUCUGUAAUCACGGUCAUUGUUUUGCUGCUCCUGUUUAUCAUGAGGAAAAGGAUUGCUUUGGUUGUCCAGUUGUUUGAUGAAGCUGGGAAAGCCAUUAAAGCAAUGCCAUUACUCCUUUUUCAGCCAUUAUGGACACUGCUGGCAUUAUUGGGAUUGGUUACUUGCUUGGCUGCUGUGGCUGCCUACAUAGAAACAUCAGGGAUACCAGUAGUGGAUGAGGCCAAUAGUACUGUCACCUUUCAAUUUGAGGAACAUUGGAAUUAUGUGCGAUGGUACCAUUUGUUUGGAUUGCUAUGGACAUCAGCAUUUGUGACAGCUUGUCAGGACAUAGUGAUUGCAGGGGCAGUUUCUAUAUGGUUCUUCACCAGAAAUAAAAAAAAGCUUGGAAUGCCAAUAUGUACAUCAAUGAAACGUCUCAUAAGAUACCACUUAGGAUCCGUGGCAUUUGGGUCAUUCAUAAUUGCCCUUGUGAGAUUACUUCGAAUUAUUCUAGGAUACAUACAAAGAAGGCUGAAAGGCAAAGUAGGCAAAGUGGCAGAAUUUUUAAUGAAAAUGCUGCAAUGCUGUCUCUGGUGCUUUGAGAAGUGUCUUGCCUUUCUCAACAGAAAUGCAUACAUAGAAAUAGCUAUCUAUGGGUACAGCUUUUGUAGAUCUGCCAGGAAAGCCUUUAUGGUGCUUCUAGCAAAUGCCUUACGUGUGGCAGCAAUCAACUCCAUCGGUGACUUUGUUCUCUUUCUUGGCAAGAUCUGUUGUGUGUGUAUAGUGGCUGUGGCUGGAAAUGAGUUCCUCAAGCAUCGAACGGAUAUUAACUAUAUCUGGGCUCCCAUAUCAGUGGCCUGUGCAUUUGCCUUUGCAAUAUCUCACUGCUUUCUCUUGGUUUAUGAGAUAACCAUUGACACCAUCUUCCUGUGUUUCUGUGAAGACUGUGAAAUGAAUGAUGGAGUGACCAAACCAUUCUACAUGAGCAAAGAUCUUAUGGUGUAUCUGGACCAAAGUAAACAAAAAGCUGCAAAAAAAGGCACGGAAAAGAAAAACACAGAAAAGACAAAAGUCUAA